AUGGAGCUGCGCUCGUACAAGCUGUCCACCAAAUCCCAGUUUGUUGCACUGACACCUUGGAGAGUAUAUCAUCUGACAUCUCUCAUAAUGCUUGGAGUGCUAGUUCUUCAGAUCAUAAAGGAUUUGGUAUUAUCUAGGAUAAAAGGUGCACAGCUUUGGAGAAGUAUCACUGACAACUGGAAAGUCAUCAAUUCUAAACAUGACUACAGGCCCAAAAUAAAUCAGUGCAUUUCAGAAGCACUGAUGAAUUUAUUUGUAUUUCUUCAAGAAAUGUCACACUUCAAGGAACAAAACCCUGGCAAGUUUUGCCUACUAGUCUGCAGUGUAUGUACAUUUUUCACUGUUUUGGGAAGUUACAUUCCUGGAGUUGUCCUCUCCUAUGUUCUGCUAUUGUGUGCCUUUUUAUGUCCCUUCUUCAAGUGCAAUGAAUUUGGACAGAAAGUGUGCAGCAAAAUUAAGUCUGUUCUGAUGAAACUGGAUUUUGGAAUAGUGGAAUAUAUCAACCAGAAGAAAAAAGAGAGGUCUGAAGCAGCAAAAACGAAACCCACAGAAGAUGACAGUGAAUUAGACAUAUCAGCUCUGUGUCCUAAGGUUAGUCCUGCAGUUGUUGCCAAAGAGCUAUCAGUAUCUGACACGGAUGUAUCAGAAGUAUCUUGGACCGAUAAUGGGACCUUUAACUUAUCUGAGGGGUAUUCUCCACAGACAGACACAUCUGAAGAUUUUGACCGACCUAGUGAUCAUGAAGAAGCUUUCGCUAGAGAUCUUGCAGAAUUUCCUUCUUUAGAAAAUGGUGCAGGAACAAAUGAUGAUGACGACUCAAGCAUUGGUAUGCCCAUCCAGCAAAAAAGGAAAAAAGAACAAACGUGUUUGAAGAUCGAUCACUCUUCCAGGCAGGGGAAAGAGAGACCAUCCACUGCAGGGCUCUCCUUGCCUUUGACCAGUGACCAAACCUUUAACUUAGUGAGCGGAAUUGCUGGGGAUGUCAUUGCAGCUGCAGUGUCUGCUGCCAUCAAAGACCAGUUGCAGUCUGCACAGCAAGCAGCCUCGCACGCAGCACCCAGUUUGAGUGAGGAGACAGACACAGAAGAAGGUGAUGAUUUUGAACUGCUUGACCAGUCGGAGCUUGAGCAGAUUGAGAAAGAAUUGGGACUUUCACAAGGCCAAGAAGCAGAAUCCCAGGAGAAGAAGAAAUCUUCAGGCUUCCUUUCAAAUCUGCUUGGAAGUCAUUAACCUGGAAAUUGGAGCUAGUAGCAUAGAAAAAAUGAAACAUAAAACACACAAAAAUCAAAUGCAAAAAAAAAA